AUGAGCUUGGCCCAAUCAGCUGUUAAAGGAACCCCAACCAAAGCCUCCUCUUCUUCUUCUUCUUCUACUUCGCGUGUUCCGUCAACAAUGCUGACGAAGUCCGCCAUCGCGUACAACGACGACGACGACCACGCCUUGGGGAAUGACGACGACGAGCCCGAACCGUUCCCCGAACCGUUCCCCGUCAGACGCAGCACCGCCAUCAACAGCGCCGCCGUCGCUUACAACGACGACGACGGCGAGGCCUUGGGCCACGACGACGAAGCUUUCCCCUUCAGCAGCAGUACCGCCACCACAAUCAGCACCACCACCACCAGCAGCUACUCCGACACGUCCACCUACGACUAUUGCGACAGCGACGACGCCUGGUGCGGAACGGACGACCUCUGCCGAGAGUGUCAGUCCCUUACCACCUCCGGCGGGAGCUUGACGUGCCGGGAGGCCUACCCCGCGGCCGAAACAAGCGGCAACAGCAGCGCGUGCGAGCAGCUCGCUGCCACGUUCUGCUGCUACUACGGAGACGCCUCCACGGCCCAGCGCUGCCUGGGCAACGAGCCCACCGCCCUCUACUGGGAGUGCGUCCUCACCGGCCCCGCUUUCGGCUGCUCGCUGGAAGACAUGCCGUGCUACAGCGGCAACUCGAGCGCCGCGCAGACCCAACCCGUCCCCAGCCCGUCUCCCACGGAGGCGGCGACGACGGCGCCCGCGCAGUUCGGUUCCGGUGAGAUGGAAGGCGUCUUCACCGCAACCCCUACCGGCGCGCCUACGGCAUACGGUCGAGGUUCGUCCUUGGCGGGGACCGCUAGCCCAACGCCCGCUGCUCCGAUCUCUUCAGCAGACGGUGAUGGCGGCGAGGCUCCGGCCGCGACUCGAUCGCCGGUGGCAGGCAACGACGACACUGGAAGCGGCGGCAGUAGUGCUGGUAGCGGCUUCAACUCGGCAGGCACCUCGUCGGGCGGGGGCGACUUCGACGGGGCUGCGGAGGAGGCGGGGGACAGCGCCACUCGCGUUGCUUGGUCCACAGCAACGGCCGUGCCCCGCGCGGUUGUUACCCUUGGCGUCACCCUUUUCCUGGCGGCGAGGCAUGCUGCUGCAAUGUAGAAAGUGAAAUACCGUGUUACUGUGUGGCAGUGCACUGCUCUCUGCCUCCGGAGGAAGAAGAUUUACUGCGUGUCGUCGGAGGCCAAUAACGCACGGAGAGACGUUUGGUGGCACAUAAACGAUUUAUUUUUUGUUACAAUGUUGUUGGCGUUCUUGUCAAGGGGGCCCCGCGCUGGUUCGAUGAAAUGUUCUUCCGUGUUUCUUGUCGGCAACAACGAUGGCAUAGAGGCCGGCAGGCGAGCGUUGGAACCUGAGGCUCUUGAAAGUUUACUAUUUGGGUCCUCGUCUUGGUAGAUUUGUUUGGGCACGCGUUGUUGACAGAGUGUUUGGGCACGCUUGCGGUUGGCGAGCGGGGUUUUGGAAACUCCUUGUUCACUGGCAUGCUAGUAUUGUAUUUGUUGUUUCUCUGUUGUUGAGGUGAAAUCUUCGUCUACCAUUUCUGUUAUCACCCGAUUUGUUUUUACCAUACAUUUGUUCAUACUUAUUUUUCUGUGUGUUGUCCCUCGUCGGAUUCGAUGAUCGUGCACUCAUCAAACUUCCCCCAAUCAGGCGUAGACGAAAGGGGGGCGUAAAUACAGUUUCUUGCUCUGGUGUAGUAUGCAGGACUCUUCCUGCAGGCGCACGGGUGGCGCGAGCUUGUGCACUCGCUCCUCCCGUAUUGAGAAGUAUUCUUGGUGUCUGGCAGUCGCGUAGAGAGGUGUUUUUGGGCUGCGAUGUAUUUACGACUCAGUAUUCUCGGCAGUACUCAUCGUUUGUGAAGAUACAUUUUGAUUGGUUGGUUGUAGAACGCAGUACUAUCGCUUUUUUUGGCACGCCGUGGCACGAGCUCGUGAUUUGUGUUCCUUCCUUGGGAAGCCCUGGUACUACUGCUUCAUAGAUGCUUGAAGUUGAGUAAAAAGAGAGAAGGAUUUGAAACAAGAGAAUCGGGGCGUCCUCAGCAAAUGUACGCAAGGAUUGCCGCUCAUGAGGUGUGUACUUAAGCACGCUCGUCAAUUCUUAAUCGGAGGAGCACGUAAUAUUUGCGCAUCAAUUAUUCAGUGCCCGUCAAGUUAACUGUGAGUCAAGUUUACGUAACAAAGGCGGCACCGCUCUUGACGAAGGAUAUCAACGGAAGGUGUCGACCACGUUCGAUACGCUUCAGAUACCACUGAUUGAUCGAAAUUUGCAAUUUGAUCACGCGGUGCAUUAAAUCGUAUUGUGACAGCAGUUGGGAACAUUGCAUGCAGUGCAGUGAUAGCUCCCGCCACACGUUCGUGUUGAGCUGCCAUGGGAACUUUCAUCAGUAUUUCGGCACGAGUUAAUUUCGAGUAUCACCCGCCCUGGUGUAUCACAGCUGUCCUGCCAGAACCGCACCGAAGCUGACGGGGCGUGGGGCGUGGGUAUACCACGAACAAUACUCAAGACAUGUUUCAACUCUUUGACUUUCUUGGGCUUCUUCAACCGUGACAUAUCAAAACAUGCCAAUCCAGAAACACGGUCACACAAGAGAAACCCGCAAUCAAAUUCAUUCUUACGAAACACCGUCACACAACAAGAGAAACCCGCAAUCGAAUUCAUAAGCCCAGCGUAGUUGGGAAUCAAGUUAUCAGGGACAGAGGACACCUUCACCAAGAAACAAUGAAUCUCUCCCUUCUUCCCCUCGCUCCUCGACAAGCUUUUGCUUAGACAUGGGUUGUAGCGAAGGGGGGGGUCUUUCUGGCGAGCAGGGCUAGACUCACCCUCAAGGGAUGACCGAAACCUUCUUGCUGCUGCGCAUAUCCGCCGCGAGGCAUGCGCGUGGUGGUGUAGUUGGGUCGGCACUGAUGGGGUCAGGCGAAAAAAUGUAGAUGCGCGGGCCUCUGGCCGUCGGCGUAGGCAGCGAUGCCCAUCUCAUUUUUUGUGCGCGGAGGCAGACACCGUCAGAAGGUGGACGGGAACUAUGUACACGGCCCUAGGUUGGCUAGAGGGCGCUGCAUUGCCUCAGUAACCUGGCUUCGCCAUCAAAGGAGGAGGGAGCAGGUGGCGACGAGCUGAACUGGGCUGGUUGACCCCUUCGGCGCGAGAAUUUUUAUUUUUCAGACCAAGAACCUUGAGUGCAACGAGGGAGAAAGCGAGGAACCGACUGGGAAGGACAGCAACGAGAGCGUGUACGGACGGAGCAGGUCGAGUGGCGUUAUGCUCGGGCUGACUACAGCGGCGCCGGACGGAGCAGCGGCACCGGAGCAUGCGGGCGACAUCGACCCGUGGCGCACGGACAAACAUUUAUAUCUGAUCUGUGUUGUCAAUUUUUCUCGUUUUUUUCCUGAUUUUCGGUGUUGGUUCUAUGUGAUGACGUCGUCACUGGUUUUGUAGAGAGACCCGUCAGAGAUGGCGUGGCUAACCCGGGUGCCUUGGUUAUGUGCCUGAUCGUGGAAGACCCCUUCAAUGUGGAACGAUUCUUAGCUAUUGUCGAUAUUUUCACUGCGUGCCUAACACAGACGAUCGGGAGAGGUUCGGGUGAUUGUCCAUUGCAAUCAUGGCUUUGGUUGGUUGUUCUUUUUCACUGUACGUCCGCAGACACAUUCUGACAGCACUUCAGACAGCAGCUUUGUGCCCCGCCAGCUGCUUGUUCCAUGCCUACCAUGGUGUUUUUGUACAGACAGCACUUCAGACAGCAUUAUGCUGUAGUCGGCAAUCUUCCGUUUUGGUAUAGAGUGGGACAGGGAGGGGGUGAUGCUACUGUAGUCGAACGGUGGGACGGACGUGCAGUUCAGUUUUUGGGCACGCAUACGGUGCUGCAGGGAUUUUUAGGUGUACCUCUUCGGGCUCUUGCAUACCUUUUUCUUGUCAGAUGUGUGCGUGUUCUUUAGAUCCU